AUGCUCAAGAGAUUUACUGGCUCGAGCUCUAGUACUACUCAGUUGUGCAGCCUUUACUUCAAAGGCUUGGUUGGGGAGGACUCAUUGGCUGGAUUUGGGGUUGCAAUUUGCGGACAUAGAGAUGAUCUCCUGUUUCAGCUGAAUGGACCAAUUCAUGGCUCGAACAACAUUACUGUUUUGGAGGCUGAGCUAAUGACAUUGAAGCGAGGACUAUGGAAGCUGCGAGUUUGGGGGAAUCCGAAAACGAUUUUUGUAACCGGAAACAAAAUCAGAUAUGUUUAUGAACUAGCAAAGGAGAAAAUAGUUUCGGAGAUAGGCAAAUCUGUGGACCCUCCACCGAGCUCUCUAAAUGGAUUGGAGAAGAUGAAGUUAGGAGCUGUUGCAUCGGAUGCGGUGAACCCUUAUGCAUCAAUUGCAAACUUUGGCAAAUGACAAAGUGUGGCGUCAAUGUGGAAAGUGUCAACAUAUGACCAAACUUUGAGAAGGAUGCAUCAAAGUAACAUGCAGGUAUUAUCUGUUUAUUGUUGAUGUAUAGGUGUGGCUAUACCUUUUGCUACACAUGUGGAGCCGAAUGGAAGCAAGGCAGUUGCUCUCAUCGAGCAGUGA